AUGGCUCCAAGUCCUGACUCUCACACCAUAUUUUAUGCCAAAGGGGCUGAGAAAGUUCCCAAAACUGCACUCUUAUUUGGCAGUGCAAGUCCUGGUGGGGAGUGGCCAUGGCUUUCGAACUUUUGGGAUGAGCCUUUUGUUGAUGACAGUGGACACACUUACCGCUCGUCAGAGAACUAUCUUCAAGCGGGAAAGGCUUAUAUGAUGAAAGACAAAGCUUUGUUCCGCAAGUUGAUCAAAUACACCCCUCUCAAAGCCAAGAUAGAAGGAAACAAAAUGAAGAUUGAUGUCGAGAAGUGGAAUCAGAUCUCCAGCCUUGUGAUGGCAGAUGCCCUCCACUUCAAAUUCCGCCACAAGAAAUCAUGGAUCCAGGCUUUGGUUAACACUGGGGAUGCGUUGAUUGUUGAAGCAAGAGAGGAUAUGGUUUGGGGCUCAGGACUUAAAAAAACUCAGACCGCCAAAACGAGAAUUUGCGAUUGGCCUGGACAGAAUAAAUUGGGUGACGAGUUGAUGGAGAUCCGCCUAAAAUUUAGAGAGUUACUACAAGGUGGUAAUCCUUCAUCAGGCAUUAGCAGCACGGCAAAAGUGCCCAGUGCGCCUGCGGUGGCGGAUGCUGCCAUUUUAAAUGGACCUCCGCGUAGUCGCGAACCCUCACCAGUACCGGCACCACAUGUCGACCCAGGCACAGGUCCAGCGCAAGACCCACAAGCAGAUGAGAAUCCUGAGCCCAUGGAUCUCGAUGAACCCAUUGCACCAACUCCCGAUCCAGGUCCACAAGGAGAGCACCUUACACUUACUCAAGAUAUUGGCGAUGUUGAGGCCGAGACUCUUAUCCAUAAUCCGACCAUCGGAAAUGACAAAGACAAGACCGGCGAGUCCAAGGCGGAUAGGAUAGUAGAACCAAUCUCGGAAAAUCAAAUGUUAGCAGAGGAAGAAAGAGCCUAUACAGACCUAGCUCUGGAAAUUCAGAGUCAUCGCGAAAGACGACUCCAACUCGAAGAGCUCGUCCGGAGAGAAGAAGACCUAAUGCUAGAGAGGCAGAAAGAAAACCAGAGACGACGUGCUCAGAAUUUUCCAGUCAAGAGCGCCCCCAAGCCAGCGCAAGACCCACCUCGUAAGGCACCAGUGACAUCAACUCCUUCCAAGUCAUCAAAGAGAGAGGCUAGAGAGAAUGCUGGUCCAAAUUCAUCCAAGAAACAAAAGGUAGCUGAUUCUGCAUCGAAGACAUCAAAAAGUCAAGAUUUGCUGCUAGUCUUGAAACACUCGGAAUAA